AUGGAGGGUUUGACAUAUCAACCUUUAAACAUAAAUCAGUUAGAUGAAUUUCCAAAAAAAACAAUCGAAUAUGGUAGAUCAAUGAUUUAUGAUAUAGCAAGAAUCGAUGAAUUAGUUUUAGCUUCAGAACCAGUUAGCGAAUUAGAGAUAGUAAUGUUUUCGAGAAGAAUGACAUCAAAAUGUUCAGAGUUAAUCAAUGCAACACCAAAUAUAGCUAUAUUAAGACAACAACAAACCCAAUUAUUUCACAGCACACAUCCAACUCCAGGUAAUUUAUCACCAACAUCAUCGCCGCAAGGAAGUAGAAGGAGUAACCCGUUUGCUUUAUCAUCACCAUUAAACUCACCCAACUCACUAUCACCAACCUCAUCACCAACUUUAAAAGCAUUGGCCAAUAGUGCACAUAAAAAUGAUUUAAAUGCAUCCCUUUUUCUGUUAGAUGGUAAAACUUUAGAGAAAAUGGCAUUAGAAGAAGGAUUUGGUAUUAUUGAACCAGAAGAAUUAAACAAUGAAUAUAAGAAUAAAAUUAUACGUUCAACAGUUUCAAGUAUAAAUAGUAUAAUCUACACAAUUAAAGAAUAUAAUAAACAAUUUGAACUUGGUGCAUCUACCGAUGGAACAGACAAAGACUUGUUAUUUUUUCAAAACGAAUAUUUUUUACAUCGUACCAACAUUCUUCAAUCAUGGAAAUAUCUCACUAUAUUUGUUUGUAAAACCUCUUGGAAGGUACCAAAAAUUAUGCAACCUAUUUCACAAAAAAGUAGUAGCAGUGGUAGCAUUGUUUCAGGUCCUCAAUCAUCAUUAAAACACUUUAAUUUAAAUCACCCAAUAAUAGCCCAUCCACCAUUAAUUAGUAUAAAUAGCAGUAAUAAUAAUAAUAAUAAUAAUAAUAAUAAUAAUAAUAAUAAUGAACCAACUUCACCAUCAUCAAACAAUACAACACCAUAUUUCUCAUCACCAAGUAUUUCAUCACUUCCUACCUCACCACCAUUAUCACCAAUAUCACCAUCAUCCUUAUCACCACCAUCACCCACAUUCACCUCAUCACUUUCAAUUGCUAUACCAAAUAAUGAUGCAUCAAAAAGACUCUCUCAAAGUUUUAACUCUUUCUUUGAUGCAACCUCCUCCCCAGAGCAAAAUUCACCAAUUGUUUCAAGGGCAAAAGGUAAUAAUAUAAUUACUUUAUCAAAUAAAAGUCUUACAAAUCUUGUAAAUAGUAAUAACAAUAAUAGUAAUAAUAAUAAUAAUAAUAAAUCAAGUUCCUCACCAACCCAAACAAGUAAAAAACAACAAAAAUCUUCUUCCCCAUCAAAUAAUAGCAAUAAUAAUAAUAAUAAUAUUAAUAAUAAUAAUAAUAAUAAUAAUGUACAAGUAAAUAAUAGUUUUAAUAAUAUUAAUUUAAUUAAAUCCGAUUUAUUUGAUUUAAUAUUUCAAUUAAAUGAUACUUUAAUGACACUUUUGUACCAUUUAAAAAAUCAUCAAAAGAUUAAAAAUAAAAAAUUACAAGGCGGUGGUCCAUUAACACCAAGAGGUGGUAAUAGUAGCGGUGGUAUGACACCAAGAGGCGGCUCAACAAGAAAUAAUAAUAAUAAUAAUAAUAGCAGUAAUAGUACACCAAACACUUCAUCACCACCAUUAUCAUCAGCAGGAGGAUCAAUCUCAUCAUCAUCAUCACCUAAACUUCUAGGAUCUUUAUAUAUAGAGCAAGCAAAAAAUAUAACAGUAUCUUUAUUAUCAUCAAAAUUAUUAGACACAUGCUACCAUUUAAAAAUCAAAAUUAUUGAUGAAACUCUUGUGGAUAGUUUAUUUUCUUUAUGUAAUAUAAACUCAAGCGAACUUAUUGAACCCCUAGAGAUUUUAAUUGAAAUGUUGCAAAAAUUCAACUUUUCACAUCCAACAAUUGUAAUUGAAAAUCCAUCAUCAUCACCACCAAGUGUAAAUAUAUAUUCACAGUCACCACAAUCACCAAAUAGUAUUCCUAGUAGCAGCGGUAAAUCAAGUAAAUCAAGUAAACCACCACAUCAUCCAAAAUCAUUAGAGACAAAACAUCAUGAUAAAGCAUCAAGUCCAAUUAAAUCUAUAUUUAAAUUAAAAACAAAAGAAAAGGAAAAAGAAAAGGAGAAAGAUAAAGUAGAAACUAAUAAUAAUAAUAAUAAUAAUAAUAAAAAGGAAUUACCAGCAUCUUUAUCACGUUCAGCACCUACUACACCAAUUUUAUCACCAGCAAAUUCACCAUUUGCAUCACCAUCAUCAAAUAAUUCAUUAUUUUCACCAAUAACAUCACCAAAUAAUAACAAUACACCAAUAACAUCACCAAAUAAGGGUGAAUCUCAAUCAUCACCAAAUAGUAGACGCAAUAGUAAUAGUAUUUCACCAUCACAAUCUUUUGGUGAUUUAAAUAAUAUUAAUAACAACGACAUAACAUCUCCUUCGAGUAAUAAUUCUACUAGUAUUUUAAAUAAUAAUAGUAGUAAUAGAAGUAGAAGUAAUAGUAAUAGUAACGAAUCAAGUGUAACAUUAAAUCAACAAAUAGAUCCAUCCAAUCAAAAUUUGAUUAAUGAUCUUUUGCAAACUAUAAGUAAUAGUAAUAAUAAUAAUAAUAAUAAUAAUAAUAACGACGAAGAUAAUAUGGAACCAUUUAAUGUAAAUAGUAAUGUAGAUAGUAGACAACCAAUUUCAAUAAAUUUAUCAAAUAAUGGGGUAUCAGUUUAUAAAGUUCCAGAAUUGAAUAUAUCUAAAAUUAAUACAGCCUCGAAUAAUACAGUCGAUAAACAAAUAUCACCAAGGGGUAAUAAUAUUGACCAAAUAAUACAACAACAAAAUACACCCAUUACUGUGCCACAAAACAAUAAAAAAUUAAACCAAAUUUUAGGUGCAUCCGAAGAUAUCAUGGCAAAGAAACAGCUAUUAAAACCAAAGGAUUUAUCAAAACAAAAUAAAAUGGGUUUCUUCUCAAAGCAUCUCAAAACAAUGAAGCAAAAUGAAGAGCAACAACAAAGAAAUAGUUUUAACCAGUUUUGGUUAGAAGGUUCAACUCACAAACAAAGACAAGAUCAGGUACCACUCGACGAAAAGCAAAGACAUCAAAUCGUUACUUUAGGUUCAUACGUUUCGAAUUUAGUUAUUAAGGGUUUAUUAGCUUCUGCAACUCCAAUUGUACCACCACAUUUAGAAAAAUAUUCAUCAUGUGUAUUAUUUGCAGAUAUUUCAGGUUUUACAUCAUUAACAGAAAGACUAGGUAAUCAUGGUAAAGAGGGUGUCGAAUUAUUAACUAAAAAUUUAAACAGCUAUUUCUCGAUUUUGAUCAAAAUUGUUAAAGGAUAUGGAGGAGAUAUUGUAAAAUUUGCAGGUGAUGCAGUUUUAGCUCAUUGGCCAACAAACGGAGAGUUACUUAAUCGUGUUAGAAUAGCAUGUGAAUGUUCAUUAGCAUUACAAAAGAAAUUACACAAUUUUCCAGUACCAGGAGGUUUCUUAACAUUACAUAUCGGUAUUGGUUGUGGCGAUAUCUCUGGUGUUUAUGUUGGUGGUUGUAGAGAAAAAGUAGAAUUUUUAAUUGCAGGUGAAGCUUUAAUUCAAGCCACCCUUUGUGAAAAAGAAGCCGAAUCCGGUGAAAUUUAUGUAUCUCCACAAACUCAAGAAAAGAUGAAUAAGUUUGCAUCGUUCUCUCAAAAGAAAGGUAAAAGCAAUUAUAAAUUAGAAUCGAUUACAACCCAUUUAGAAAAGAAUCUCAUCGAUGAUCACUUCCUUACUUCAAUGUCAUCAUACAACCACAAAUUCCUUCAAGAGUUACCCUUGCUCAUGGAUAUGGAGGAUUCAUUAAAACGUUUUGUACCAGAUGCUGUUCAUAAUCAAUUCAAAAAUGAUUAUCUUGCAGAACUUCGUUAUAUUACCGUACUCUUCAUGAAUCUUUCUUAUGGCACCCCAAAUCCAAAUACCGAUUUAAAUAAACUUCAAAGUAUAGUUCACGAUUGUCAAAAUAUUGUAUAUAAGCACGAAGGUACUAUCCGUCAAUUUAUUGUAGAUGAUAAAGGCUGUGUUUUAAUUGCCGCUUGGGGUGUACCACCAUAUUCACACGAGGAUGAUCCAUCAAGAGCUGUCGAGGCUGCUAUGGAGAUCGUUGUAAAUGUAUUCAAACAUGCUGUAAUUUCAUCGGUUGGUAUUACUACAGGUAAAUGUUUUUGUGGUGAUGUUGGUAGCGAUGAACGUCGUGAAUAUGCCGUUGUAGGUGAUACCGUUAAUUUAGCAGCCCGUCUUAUGUCUCAUAGUCAAGGUGGUGUUCUUUGUGAUGAAGAAACAUUUAAAACUGCCAAGAUGAUCGAGUUUGUUAAAUUAAGUAACCCAAUUAAAGUCAAAGGUAAAACCUCUUUAAUCAACGUAUAUAAACCAACCAAAAAGUUAAAUGUAAUGAAGAAUUCUUCCCCAAGACAUAUGAUUAAAAACAAAGGUAUCAUUGGUAGACACACUCAGUUAAGACAAAUGGCAAAUAUAAUUGACAAUUUAAGAAUGGAAGAGCCAACUCAUGUAGCUAUCAUCGAAGCAGAAGCAGGUUUAGGUAAAUCUAGAUUCCUCUCAGAAAUUAAAUACUCUUUCUGUAUGGAUUUGAAAAUGUUUAAAGCCACAGGUAUUCAAAUGAAUGAAUCAGUUUCAUUUUAUAUUUGGAAACAAAUUUUACAACCAUUCAUCAAGGAAGAGUCUGAAAAAGGUUUCCCAUCGUUCCAAGAUUUAGGUUCUCAGGUUUUAUUUUUAAAUCAAGUUUUUGAUAUAAACAUCCCCAUAAAUAGCAUGAUUCAUAUUAGCAGCAUUGAUUCUCUAGGUAAUUUCGUAUUGGAUGGUAAUGAAAAUGAAUUGUCAUCAUCAUCAAACUCAACUCCAACAUUAUCAUCAACUCCACCAAAUAAUAAUAAUAAUAAUACAAUCACAUCAGUAGCAGAACAAAAGCGUUUAUCAUCUGCACAAAGAGCAGAAAUUAUUCAAAAUAUGAUGAGUAAAUUAUUAGUAAAAGCUAUACCAGCAAAAUCGAUUAUAGUAAUCGAUGAUGCUCAAUUUAUGGAUAAUGCAAGUUGGAUUUUAACUUUAAAUACUGUUAAAAUUUUACCCAAUUGUCUCAUCAUAAUAUCAAUGCGUCCAUCAAAAGAUGGUAUCCCAUACGGAUUUUAUCAAUUACCAGCUCAGCAAUCAACAAGAAUUCAAUUAGAACCAUUAGGCGGUAAAGCUGAAACAGCACUAUUAGUCGAAAGAAUGUUAGAUUUCUGUGAAGGAGGUGUCCCAGAUGAAAUUAUUGAAGAAAUUUACAAUCGUUCUCAAGGUAAUCAUUUCGUAAUUGAAGAGAUGGUUAAUGGUUUAAUUUCAAAUGGUCUUAUUGAUGAAAGUUCAUCACGUUUCAUUAAUCCAAAAGAAGCUAUUGACCAUGUUAGAUUAUCAUUACCACGUACUGUUACAUCUUUAAUUACAAGUAGAGUUGAUCGUUUAUCACCAAUACAACAAUUAGAAUUAAAAAUCGCUUCUGUUAUUGGUAUGCCUUUCACUGUUGAUUCUCUUCAUAGAGUACUCCCACCAGAAACUAUUACCAAACAAGAUUUGGCCAAGGAUUUAGCAGUUUUAGAACGUUUAGAUUUCAUUAAAUCAACUACUAUCAAUACUCAACAACAAUUAUUACAACAGCUACAACAACAACAACAAUUACAACAGCAAUUACUUCAUAACCAGGCUUCAAAUAGUUUUAUUAAUGGUAGUACCCAUGGAAGUAUAUUGGAACAACCUCAAACUCCAACCACUAUCAUCAAUAACAAUCUUUUAUAUAGUUUCCACCAUACACGUACUCAAGAGGUAAUUUAUGAUUUAAUGCUCUUUUCUCAAAGAAGAGAGUUACAUCAAAAGAUUGCAAAGAUUUUAGAGGAUACUUGUACUCCACAACAUUCUCUUUUCAUCUCAUUAGUUCACCAUUACCAUUCAGCUCAAAAUAACCCAAAGACAAUCGAAUAUAGUACCAAAGCUGGUGCAUUGGCUCAAGCAGAAAAUAAUCAUAAAGAGGCUAUUAAAUUCUUUAAAUUAGCAUUGAAAUGUAUGGAGCAAGAGUUUAUUCAAGAAGAGGAGGUAAAAAUGCAUAAGAAGCUUCAUAGAAGAUCAUCAUCUCAAAAUCUCAAAGACGCUGUUGGAGGACAACAAACUCCAAUUAACAUUCAAGAUAUCAUUGAUGCCAAUAAUAAAGAUAAUAAAGGUUUAGAUGGUGAUUCCAAACAAAAGGAAACAACUACAAGUCUUGCUGAUCUCGUUGGUAUUAGCUCCAGAAAGAUUCCAGUCGAAAUUGUUUCAAUCACUAGAAAACUUGGUUUAGCUCUUUUUAAUGUUGGUCAGUUAAAAUCAGCAUCUUAUCAUUUAUUGAAUGCUCUCAAAUAUUUAGGUGUAGAACCACCAACACCAAGAGAUGGCUCAAAACCAAAACAAUUAAGAACAUUGGCUAAAGCUGCAGUUCGUCAGGAAUCAUCAACAAAAUUCUUUAGUAACAAUUUAGAUAUGUUGGAAAAGAGAGAAGCAAUUCUUUGUCUUUUUAUUCAAAGUAAAAUAGCAUUCCAUGAUUGUUCAAAAACAUUAGAUUUCUGGUGUUCUUAUAUUUCAUUACAAUUAUCAUCCACUACUCAACAGGUACUUUCAAAUCCUGAUUGGAAUUUACAAUCCGAAGCUUAUUCCAUUGGUAUUCGUGUACUUGGUAAUAAUGGUGACCAAUCAACACCAUUAAAAUAUUAUGCAGAGGUCUUAUCAAAAAUGGAUCAAACUAAUGGUUAUGUAUUUGGCAAUAGUCAUCAAUCUUGGGGUAUUCUUAUGGCAGGUCAAGGUAGAUGGGCCGAAGCAGAAAGUGGUUUCAAAAAAGCAUGUGAAGCAUCAUUUAAAACUGGUGAUAAGAAAUUAAUGGAAGAAUCAAAUAUUUUCUUAUCUCUUUGUUAUCUUUUAUGCGGGGGUCAAAAGACUAGCAACAUUUAUUCACUUUGCCAAAAAGCUCUAGAGUCUGCAAGAGAUCGUGGUGAUUAUCAAAUUCAAAUCGCCGCUCAUACUACCGAAGCUUGCACAUUAUUCUAUGAUAGACAAUAUCCACAAUGCCAAAAUUUAGUCAACGAAAUUGAACGUUUCAUCGAAAUUCUCACUACCAAAGAGCUCACAAAUUCAUCUCAUGCCAAUUACCUCAUUCUCAAAGCUCAAUUAUCGGUAUCAUCUAAAGAUUGGCAAUCAGCUUAUGAAUAUUGUAAAAAAGUUUUCACUAUUGUUAGUAAAAUUGAUACAAAUAAUUUUGCAACAUACGAGGCAUUCACUGGUUUGCCAUUGGUUUUAGUUAAGGUCAUUCAAAAUCAUACUCAUAUUAUGUCAUUAGUUAGCAAAGCCAGAUUAAUUAUUGAAAUCAAUGAAACCAUUUCAAUAUUAGAAAAGUUUACAGAUAAUUUCCCAAUUGGGCAGCCAAGAUUAUUAUUAGUUAAAACCUUAAUGAUUGCUUUAGGUUAUCGUGAACCUUCCGAAAGUGAAGCUAAUUUAUCAGCCUUAAAAGAAGCCAAAGACAGAUGUCAAAAGCUUGGUAUGUCUUUUGAUUAUGUUUGUAUUCAUAAUCCAAGUGGUAGCAAUACCAGUGUCAAUAAAAAUCAUUCAUCACCAAGUUCAGCUAAUAAUAGUCCAAGUAGCUUUAGAAAUAGUAUGACUUAUACAAGCGCAAAUAAUAUAAAUACAAUGGAUAAUAAUAAUGCUAGUAUCCAUCACAAACAUAGUAACAGUUAUAAUAAUGUUAGCGACAUUAUAAAAUCUCCACAGUUAAAUAGUGAAACAUCAUCACCAUUGUCAGCAUCAAGUUCCCAUGCAGAUUUACCACCACCAAUUGUUUAUUUACCACCAUUAUCAUCUUCAACAACCAAUCCAAUUAGCGUACAUGAUAGUUUACCAUCACAACCAGCAAGAACCAUUUCAGCUCAAGAUUUAUCAACUUCAUCAUCAUCAUCAACUUCAUCACAACAAGACCAACAACACAAAGAUAAAACAAACAGUAACAGCACAGGCGAUUCAAAAGAAAAAGAACAAUUAUCACCACCAUCAUCUUCAAAAAAAGAUAUUUUAAAGAAAAUAGGUAUUAAAUUUUGGAAAGAUUAA